UCGUGGCGUCGAUAGAUGUUGAUAAAGUGAUUCAAAGAGGCUGAUAAGUAAUGAAAUUUUGGUACAUACUGAGAUGCUUAGAAAGUACAUAAAUCAUUAAUGGAUUGAUUAGCCUCUGAUUACGUCUUUCAAGUCAGCUGUCAUAGAAUUAUCCAAGUUUAUAUUUAUUAAAGCACCAAGCAAAUAAGAAUAAAAUUUGUUUUGCUUGGGGACUGUGCAAUAAUUUCGAGGGCCCCUUCCGAGUGCCAAAAAAAAUUAAAGUGCGGCAUGGAAAAUGAGCUAAUGAAUGCGUUGACAGAGCUGAAUGGCCUCAAGAAUCCCGAAAGUACCACAACAACCACAUCUUCCUUCGUCCGUGACACGGGAUUUGUCUUCUACACAUCCGCCACUGAGGUGAGCAAAUCCCAUGGGCGGGUUGUGAUGAGCCCCAAGUAUGUGUCGAAAAUCUACAGUAGUCCACGACGCUGCCCGGGUACGCCGCUCCGGGUGCGACCGUACACAGUGCCAGAGCGGCAUCGGACGCGCAGUGAGAGCCUCGAUCCAAAUUCCGGGGACUAUCAGGACACAAUAACCAUCGUAACGGACACCCUGAGUUCUUCCGUGUGCAUGAGCAGCAGUGGGGCACAUCCCACACCCACCAGCAGUACCAUGAUGGACACCUUCGAUCCUGCCAUGCAAACAAUGGAGAUUGCAGCGACAACAGGCGGUAGCAGCACCAGAAGGCUAGACAGCUGUAGACCGUUGAAGAAAUCAAAAUCCCUGGAGGAUGUUCGUGUGGAGAAUCUCGCGGGAUCGCAACUUUCGCACGAAAUGGAAUUCGUGUCUAGUCGCAUCCAGAAAUUAAAAGUUCAGGAAUACUAAGAAAGUGUUAAAAAAAACGGACAGAAAUUUACAUUAUAUCAAUUCAUCGAUAAAUAUUUUGUAUAUAAUAUUAAAGAAAAAAAAAGAUACCUUUUAGUUCUUUAGGUGAAAGUAAGAACAGAAUGAUUUGUAAAAUAUUCUUUUCUUUUGAGGUCCUUUUGUUUUCAAAAUUGAUUUUGAGAAAUUAUUUAUUAUUUUGUAGAGAAUUGAUUUCGAAAAUAAUAAGUAUUCAGCCAUCUAAUAGGAAAAGAAAUUAAGAAGCAGAAGAUAAACACGUAAAAUACAUUUUUGUAUUACAAAUUAAAUUUUAAAAAAAACCCAAAGUAAUUUUUUGAGAAGUGUCUUUCUUGUUAAAUUCUUGUGAAGUCUGAUUUUAUAAUAAAUUGUCUAGAAAAUUCAAUUCUCAACCAAGGUUAUUGAAAUUAUUAAAUGAAAAGUUCUAAAACUUUUCUCUUAACCGAAUUCAUUUGAAUUUUAUGAAGAAUCGAAGCAUUUUAUGCUAUUUUUAUGCACUUCAAAGUCAACAAGAAAAAAUGUCUGAGAUUAUGAGCAAAUCUGGGUUAAAAAAAAAUGUGAAACAAAAUUUGUAUUAAAUACAGAGUCAAAAUUUAGUCAUUAAAAAAUAAGAAAAAUAAACAAAAAAUCACAAAUUCUUUGUAAAAAAAAUUAAAAUAAUUGUUCAAAUGAAUACUUGUUCAGUUUUCAAAGAAAGAAAAUUAAUUCUAAGUUUUCUUUUAAUAUUGAUUGCCUCCUUUGUUCUUCAAAAUAUUUUCUAAAAUAUUUAGGAAAGAACGUGAUUUUAGGACAACAAUAUUUAAGAAUAAAAUUCAUAGGAAAAUUGACAA